AUAAAUAUCCGGAUUAAAAGAGACUCAAUCCCAUUAAGUUCUAUCUUUCUUUCUUGUAUACAGUAAGUAUCGAAAAUUAUAGGUAAGUAUAUCGAUUUCUUAUAAUUUAUCACCAUGGAUUUGGGUUCGAAUGCAAACUAUUUGGAGACGGGUAAAGCGUUGAUGCGUAUGACGAGGGAGAUGACCCUAGAAGAACAAGGCGAGAAUUGCAAAAAAAUUGAAAAAGGUCAGAAUUAUAUGGACGCGGCACUUGGUAUAGCCGGGGUGGCGUUAGGAGUGUUUGCCUUGUUCACCAUGCCAAUGCUAAUUGUGGUUUCCUCCGCGGUAUUAGUUAAUGUACUGAUUGCUAAGGCUUUAACAGCAGACGAGAACAUUGAGAGAGAAUGUGCUGAUCUCCCUUUUAAAGAGUUAGACGAAAAAAUGAAAGCUAGACAAGAAGAAACAGAUAGAAAAAUUGCAGAACAAAAUGAAAUUUUGAAAGAAGUAAAUGAAAAAGUUGGCCAAACUCUCGACAAAAUAGAAGAUGUUAGAAAGGAAAUGGGUGAUAAUUUUCAGAGGGUAUUGAAUAAAAUUGGGGAUCUAGAUGCCAGUAAUCCAGUUUCGGAGAUAAAAACUGCGAUCGAAUCAAUUUCAUUUGGUGAAGAGAACAAAAGGUUAGCAACUCCUGACCGAUAUGUUUAUAUCAUCCAGCAAGAAGUAGCAAAGAAAUCCGACACUUCUCUUUACAACUACAUUGGAAUGCAAGGUAGUCUGUAUAAGGCCAUUUUUGCAGUGAUUAACAAGAAGAAUACCAUUAAACCAAACAUUGCCCUUCCCGGACUCAACAUUGGAGUUACGACUUACGCAUCGAGCGUAAUUACUCUCAUUCAGCAACUACGUUACAUGUCGGAAUAUGUUUACCAAAAGGGUGAUUUGAAAAAGUUCAACAACUUUUAUAAUCGUCUUAUUUUCGAUUUCAAUUUUUUCAAACUAAUUCUUAAUGGUUCUUCGAGAAAGCAAGGUAUCCUCGACCAAGUUAUUCAAAUUUUGAAUGACGCUAAAAAAAGCAAAAGCAAGCAAGAUCUUGGCGACGAAUUGUUCGAAAAUAUUGGAAGAUACAUCACUCAACUUAAUCAAUUAAAGCAAAAGAUUGCAGCCUUGUCUCUAAAUGUACUUGAAUCCACUCCAGAUAAUAACUUAGACAUUGAUUUCAAUUCACGCACCGGUGAUCAGCUUAGUAAUACGAACUUCUUAGACUGGAAAGAAGGCACCAAGGUCAGUUACGCAGUACAGUUCGAAAAAGAUGGUAAAUAUUCUAAAGUUAGUGACUGGACUUCACCACAGGAUAUAAUGAAGAAAGCCAAUCCGGAUAUUGUAUUCCGGAAAACGAGCAAUAUGAAUAGAUUAGUCUUCCGCAAAUUUGGUAAUGGUGAAGCAGAAUUGGCAUACAUCCUCCCUGGCUCAAAAUCAAGCUUUAGAGACGUUCACAGGGAUUUGUAUAAUUUAGCUUUUAAAAACUCCCUCAGUGAAGCGGAAGUUGAAAGUAACAUGGAUAGACUUAUCAAAUUAGGAGCAGAUGUUAAAGCAGUUUUUGAGGGUAAACGAACAGUGAUCCACGCUGCAGCUAUUGCUGGUCGAACUGUUAUGUUAGGUAAAAUUUUAGAGAAGGAAGGUUCUCUCAUUAAUCUACAAGAUAAAUUAGGCUUCACCCCUCUUCACCUAGCUGCUGAAAAUAAAAGGACAGAUUUUGCACAGGGGCUAAUUAAUCGCGGCGCAAACGUUAAUGUACAAGGACAGGAAUAUAAAGUGUCUCCACUGCAUUUGGCUGUGCGUUACCAUGCCGAGGAAAUUGUAAAAGCUCUGUUAGAAAACUCAAACAUUAACCCAAAUUUAAAAGAUAUAGCCGGUCUCACUCCUUUGCAUUAUGCUGUUACUGAUGAAAAUUACAAUAAAAAGCUUUUCACUACACUACUAACCAAUCGAAAAACAGAUUUGAAUGUAAAGGAUAACAAUGGAUUAGCAGUAGUGCAUUAUGCAACCAUACUCAAUCGCUGGGAAGAGGUAGUCGAUUUAACUUUUGAAGGUGACAGAUUUGAUAUCUAUGCAAAAGAUAACCAACAAAUGUUAGCUGUUCAUUACGAUGCUAUGAAAGGAUAUAAGAAUGAACAAUUAAUAUCUUCUAUGAUGGCGGAUGACAAAGCAUCUAAGCUUAAUGAUGCAGCAGGCGAGAAACAUUGGACUCCUUUGCAUUAUGCUGCAUUUUUCAAGCAAACUGCUUGGGUAAAAUACCUGUUUCAUUGGCAUGAAAAUGUGGUAUCGAAGAUUAAUGUUGAUGCCAAAGACGUUGAUGAUCAGACUCCUUUGCAUUUGGCUGCUGCAGCUGGCUUGAAAGAAAUUGUCAAAGAGUUGCUGGCUAAUGGGGCAAAAGUUUACGAAAAGACGAAGAAACAAAAUACACCUCUUGAUCUCGCAGUUAUGCACAAUAGAAAAGAAGUUAUUGAUGAUUUGCUGACAUUUGAAAAUAAUCAAAAAUUGAAAAAUGGAAAGUCUGCUAAAGAAAAUGAUACUAAGGCAUGUCAAUUAGCAAAGGGAGAGAUGUUAAAUCUACUAAAGAAGAAGAAUCGUUGUGGUAAUUUCCGUCGCUCCAAUGACGACAAUUCUACAAACUCACCUCGGAAAUUUGCGCCCAUCGGCAUGUCUGAAAACAAUAGUUUAAGACCUUUGUUAAUUUCGAAUAAACCGAAAGAGAAUUUGGAAUUGAAAAAUAUUAAUCCUCUAACACAAGUAGAUGUAAAUGGUGCCUUGCUUUUACUGGAUCUCUUCAUUCGAAAAAUGACUAACGAAAAAUACAAUUCUGCUUGGAUUGGUUCUCUAUCUUUGUUAGAUGCACGAGCUCGAGCUUUAAAUAUCACUGAUAAUUUGCAAAAGAUCAUGGAAAUAGCAGGAAAUGAUGGGGAUCUUUUUGACAUUCAUUCAAAGAUAUACAAGGCUAUUAUGAGCGGAAAUGAUUACAAACUUGUAAAAGAAGUAUGCACCUAUUUAAACCAGUAUUCCACAUUGGAACCACAAAAAGUUGAAAACAUUAUUUCUGCAAUGGUUGAAAAUAAAUCUUUUGGAAUUACUAAGAACGCAAUUCAAGGUAACUUAGAAAACUUAAUCGCUCAGGCCUGCUAUCGAAAUAACUUUUAAAUAUUUCCUUAUUUUAAGGCAGAGCAAGUAAAUUUAGUUUAAUCGAAAAUAACUGUUCACUAAAAACUAACAAAUAUAUCUAUCCGUUUUUUAUUCUUUUCUUAAUUAUGAUAAAAAUUUGGUUGUACAUGUGUUUUGUCAUUGAGUUUUUAUUAUAGAAAAUACGAGACAGCCAAAGGAUUUAUUAUUAAUAUAAAGUUCACUCGAAAUAUAUUUUCAAAAUGUUUUUCUGAAAUUAUGUAAGCUUAGCCAAUCAAAGUUAAUUAGUUACAGAUACUGGAAUUACAGUUUUUUUUUCAGAAAUAAAUUUGAAACAUAUUUAAACUUCUUUUUUAUCUUAAAUAAUUGAUUACGCAGUGUAAAUAAUAUUUUCCUAGACCUUUUUUAUUAUAUUAUGGACUUUCCCACCUUUUUUUGCUUUUUUUUUCACGAUAAGUAAUGAAUUUAGAGCAGUACUGGUCAGUUAAAGUUAGAAUUUCUGAACUGAAAAAUAAAAG